GGGCAAGGCAGGAAUGACAGGUUUCAGAGAGAAAUUUCCUUCAAACUGGCAGAUUACCAGGGGAUAAAAAAACGACAGGCAGUUUUCAAAUCAUGAUUCAAACAAUGCGCAAAUGAUUGAACCUAUUAUUCAAUCAGCCAAGUGCAUACUAAAUUUUUGUCUGUGAUAGCUGGAGGUGAACAAAAAUAUGGUAGCAGUACUUUCUAGAAUCUUAGCAUUUACCAAUCGCCACCCAGUCGUGAGGGGUAUGCUAUCUUAUGGAACGAUGUGGCCAACCUCUUGUAUCAUCCAGCAAACUAUAUCUGGAAAAACUUGGGAAAACUAUGACUGGAUGCAUGCUUUUAGAUUCAGUUUAUAUGGAGGUUUAUUCACAGCACCAACACUAUAUGCUUGGAUAAGAGUAUCUACAAUGAUAUGGCCAGGAGCAAAUUUGAGAACUGCAAUAACUAAAGCUGUAGUAGAACAGUUCACUUAUGGACCAGCUGCUUUGGUUUGCUUCUUUUUUGGAAUGAGUCUUUUGGAAGGAAAAGGUAUAAAUGAAGCUAAACAAGAAGUAGCUGCCAAAGUCUUUCCCACAUGGAAGGUGGGUGUAUGUGUCUGGCCAAUUUUACAAACCAUAAACUUUUGUUACAUAGCAGAAAAAAACAGGGUACCAUAUGUGAGUGCCUGUAGUCUUGUAUGGUGCUGCUUUUUGUCCUAUAUGCAGCAGUUGGAGAUUGAAAAAAGAAAACUGAAACUUUCAAAUAUACAAAAUUGAUCCUGUAGUACCUACAUGGAAGUUUAGCUCAAUUUAUUUAUCAUGGUUUAUUCAGUUUUAUGCAUAUUGAAUAUUAUUUGGAGCUUAAAUCACAUUUUGCAGAAUGCAUAAAUCUGAUAAACCUGUGAAAGUAAUAGGAUUUUUAAAUUGUUACAAAUUAUAUUUUUAUGAUUGUUAUAUAGAUCUAUAAAGAAACUAUAUUUUUGGAACUUACUCCUGUGAUAAAGACAACAAAACAAUU